AUGUUCUGUCGAACAAAUGGAAUUUUUUUGGGAAGAGAAGGAUACUUUGAAAGGGACUUCAUCCAUUAUGAUGUCGAUCGAGUCUUGGCAGAGGGUCGUCUGAUUAACUGUGAUGUCGGCACCUUUUUAAUUCGGUUACGACAAAACAACAGUUUAGCUUUGUCGAUUCGAGCCACCAAGAAGGUUUUACACAUAAAACUUGAGAUUAAAAAUAAUUUUCCUACUUUUAAGCUUCAUAAUAAUCUUUGGGUGCUCGGUGAAGGUCCAUCGUUUACUUCAAUUGCCAGUGUAAUACGGUAUUAUCGGACACAUCCGUUACCGAUACGUGGAGCCGACCACGUUUUACUUAGGACGCCAAUUUUAGCAGCAAAUUCGUUUUAA